AUGGCACCCAAAUUCGCCAUCUUGGACGAUUACCAGGGCAUUGCGUGCGCCCAUUUUGCUCACCUCGAGUCGCGCAUCGAUAUCGCCACCUUCCCCGACACCCUCGAUCCCCGCGACCCGGCACAGCAAGAUGCACUUGUACAGCGCCUCCAGCCCUUCGAUGUGGUGCUAGCCAUGCGCGAGCGGACUCCCUUCUCGGCACAAACCCUGGCCGCUCUCCCGAACCUGAGAUUGCUUUUGACCACGGGCACCCGCAACCUAUCCCUCGACCUCCAAGCUUGUACCGACCGAGGCAUUCCAGUCGCCGGAACCGAGGGACGGCCGCCUGGGGUGAACUCGACCGUGCAACAUACGUGGGCGCUGAUCCUGGCGCUGGCCCGGCAUGUGGCACGCGAUGACGCAGCCGUCAAACAGGGCGGGUGGCAAGGGUCGCUGGGGAUCAAUCUGUCGGGCAAGACAUUGGCGCUGCUGGGUCUGGGGAAGUUGGGCUCACAGGUGGGCAAGAUUGCGGUGCAGGCCUUUGGCAUGAAUGUCCUCGCUUGGUCGACGAACCUGACCCAAGCGAAAGCCGAUGCACAAGCGCAAGAACAGGGUCUGCCGGCGGGUAGCUUCGUGGUCGCGCCCUCCAAGGCAGAUUUUCUUGCGCGCGCCGACGUCCUGAGUGUGCACCAUGUCCUCUCCGACCGCAGCCGGGUAAUCAUCGGGGCCGCAGACCUGGCGAUGCUUCAACCGACGGCUAUGAUCGUCAACACGUCGCGUGGGCCAUUGAUUGACGAGCCGGCAUUGCUCGAGACCCUGAACGCUGGGCGCAUCCGAGGUGUUGCUCUAGAUGUCUUCGACCCGGAACCAUUGCCCUUGAACAGCCCAUGGCGCACGACCGCCUGGGGUCAGGACGGACGCAGUGAAGUACUGCUUACCCCCCACAUGGGCUAUGGAGAAGAAGAACUGCUGCACGGGUGGUAUCGGGAGGUGGCCGAGAAUUUGGAGCAAUGGUUAGACAGACGGGAACUGCUGCGCAAGAUGAAUUAG